AUGACUGAUAAUACAUUCGAUUGGCUCGCGGAAAAGGCGAUAGGAUGGAUCCAUACGCCUCCAGUCAAUAAGAUUGACACACACCAUCACAUCGUCCCGCCGUUCUAUGCAAAGGCAAUCGAAGAACAAGGAGGUGACCCUAGUGGCUGGCCCACCCCACACUGGAGCUCUCUGGGGUCUAAACUCCUGAUGAAGCGAGUAGGGGUCAAGACUGCAGUCGUCUCCAUCACAGCCCCAGGGGCAUGUAUUCUCCCAGACCGUCAUGCACGUGCCCAACUUGCGAGGCAGCUGAAUGUGUACUCCGCCGAACUUCGUGACAAAGAUCCUCAGUCCUUCGGGUUCUUUGUCUCGCUACCUGAUAUCCUCGAUACAGAAGAUUCCCUUGCAGAGAUUACCUACGGGUUAGACACACUCGGUGCUGAUGGGGUCACCCUCUUCACUCGCUAUGGCAACUCGAACACCUAUCUCGGCCAUCCUGCUAUCGAGCCCAUCUGGAUUGAACUGAAUAGACGCCAUGCCGUCGUCUUCAUUCAUCCUACGCAUCCGGUCGACACCAACCCCGUCAACCCGAAGCUCCCACAGCCCGCCAUCGACUAUCCCCAUGAAACAACCCGCACAGCAAUGGACAUGAUCACCAACGAGACACGUCUCAAGUACCCAGACUGCAAAGUCAUCCUGUCCCAUGCAGGCGGGGCGCUCCCAUAUCUAAUCUCCCGCGUCACGACCCCCAUGAGAAAAGCUCCCAACUUCACCGUCUCCCACCGGAUUGGGACAACGCAUGCGAAAGCACUCAAAGCAUUCCGCAGCUUUCACUUUGAUUUGGCCUUGAGCUCCUCUCCGCAUGUUUUGGACAUGCUGCUAAAGACAGUUCCGUCGGAUCAUAUCCUGUACGGGAGUGAUUUCCCAUAUGCACCAAUAACGGCACACCCGGCUUUCCUAGAGGAUCUGGAGGAGUAUGAGAUGGAUCAGGAACUCCGUGAUAAGAUUAACUUUGGAAAUGCGAGGAAGCUGUUCCCUCGAUUAGCAUCGCGCGGUGACGGCAGUCUUUAG